AUGGCCAUCGGCGAAAUCGUCACCGAUGACUCGCUGCUGCCGGUGCUCGGCACCAGCGCCGAGACGCUGGCGCAAUGCCAGCAGUUGCUCGCCCUGGUGAACCCGGAUAAUGUUCCGAGAGAGUCGGCUGGACUGAAGGAACUCUCACUGGCCGUCUCCAAGCAACAAAAGAUUCUCUUUGCGAGGCUGGCGCAGUUGCGGGGACAGAAUCGUGAUGCAAUUUUUCGGGUGCGCGACACCAAGCACGCCACUGCCGAGGCCCGCCAGGAGAUCGACCGGCUCCAUCUCCAAUUACAAAACUUGUACUACGAGCAAAAGCAUCUGACGGGCGAGAUCGCCGCCUGUGAAUCAUACGAUCACAAUUACCUGUCGCUCCCCUUGAUUCCAGUGGAGGAAUUCCUGGAGUUGUUCCCCGAACACCGCGAAUCCAGUGAACAUGACCUCAUGGUCGCGCGCAUCAACCAUGAACACAGUGAGCGCGAGAAGCUCGAGCAGGCUCGACAGGAGCUUUUGAAACGCAAGCAAGCUUUGAUCGCAGAGAACAAGAAGCGCAAGGACGACCUGGCCAACCUGGAUCAGGAUCUGGAGAAAUUCAUUGACGCUGCUAAACCGAUCCAGAAAAUCUUUGAGAAGGAAUAUUAA